AGUGUUAUUGUGAUUUUGAUGAGUGACGUUUCGCAUUUGCAAUUCUCAAUUCAAUAUUAGCAUUGGGUCGUACGACCUAAGAUACAAUAAUAGGCCUAGUUACAGUACAAAGGAAAGGAUUGAAGAUAGGGUUAUUGAGUGUAUGGACAAUAACAUAACGUGCAUACGACGUAAGAAGAAAGCAGUGGAUCUCUCGUCUCGAGCUGACAUCCAUGAGCUAUUCUGAUAAACAAGAAAGCAUAACACGUGACGAUUGGAUCAGCAAACUGGAGGGUGUUCACGUUCAACGGAGCGACAUGAAUAAACUUAUAAUGAACUACCUCGUCACAGAGGGUUUCAAAGAAGCGGCAGAAAAGUUCCAGCAAGAGUCAGGUGUAACACCCUCCAUGGACCUCAACCUGAUGGAUAAUCGGAUUCGCAUUCGAGAUGCCAUUCAAGGGGGAAGAAUCCAGGAGGCCACAUUACUUGUCAAUCAACUUCAUCCCGACCUGUUGGACAAUGAUCGAUAUUUGUACUUCCACCUACAGCAACUUCAUUUAAUAGAACUUAUCAGAGCUGGAAAUGUAGAAGAGGCACUGCAGUUCGCCCAGGACCAGCUGAGUGAAGUAGGGGAGUCAGAUCCAGGUGUUCUGACAGAACUAGAGAGAACACUUGCUUUGUUAGCGUUUGAGGAGCCUUCCAACUGUCCCUUCAGUGAUCUGCUGAACCAGACACAUCGACAGAAGGUUGCAAGUGAGCUGAAUGCAGCAAUUCUAAAAAUAGAAUUACAAGAACCAACAACCCCUCGGCUGUAUAACUUGAUGAAACUGAUACUGUGGGCACAAGAUGAGCUGGAGAAGAAGAAGGUGAAGUACCCUCGUAUGACCGACUUGGGCACAGCCACAAUAGUGCCUCCUCAAUGACAUCAGGAGGAACAGUUCUUUCCGAACCAAUGAAAUCAGUGGAUGGACGAUGAUGUAUAUAAUGAAUAAAUUUUACUUAAGUAGUUAAAGAAUGCAAAUUCUCAUUAAGUAAUUUGUGCUCUUGGUUUUUCCUUGCUUAAGGAUGUACAGCAAUUCCAUUUACUUUUCAAUUUUUUUUAGUGUACAUUUUUAUACACCACUAAAAUUGAAAUAUCUAGAAAUAAAAUCUGUUCAACUGUCAAA